AUGGAUAGUGGUGCAGGUCCAAGUACCAGUACAGGAUACACAGGUAGAAUAAGAAAUAGUAGCGAUGGAAGAAAUUGGUCAUCAGGAGCUCAAACUGUCCAAAUGCUUCAUUUGCUUUCAUCUAGCCAUCGACCAUUUGAGUCUCUAAUGUCUGAUAGUUCUGAAGAAGAUGAUGAGCCAAUAUACCAAGAACCUAGUACUUUUGAAAAGGCAAUACCUAGAGAUGAGUAUUUGCGAUCACUGAAAACUGACGAACAUCUGUCAUGCAGCUCCUCAUCGUCUGACCACAGUUCAGAUGAAGAGGCUGAUCUAUGCAUAGGUCUGCCAGAACAUACUGACUUCACUGCAGCAAUUAAAGAAAAUAGAGCUGACCCUGCAAAACAAUCAUCAGUUGAUCUCAGCUCUGAGCUCAAUACCGAAGAGAUUGUCUUGUCCGUUAUAUACCAGAAUUCCCAGUUGGGUGCUGCGUAUUACAAUACCAUAACAUCUGAAUUAUAUGUUCUGGAAGAUAUAGCUGAGAGCUAUUUAAAUUUUGAUAUCAUGAAUUUGAUGUAUAGACAGACACGGCCAAGUUUCAUUAUUACAAUAUCAGGGAUGAAAGAUCACUUUUUAGUACUCUUGAAGAAGUUAAUCUCAGAAGAGAAUGAGAAUUGUUCCAUCGAAACACCAAACUCAUAUAAUCGCCUUACUAGGCUCCGUUUCAAAAUCAUGUCAAAAAUGGAGUAUAGCUUUUCUAGUUGCCAUACACGCGUACAGCAUCUGAAGUUGGAAACGGAACCCGAGGAUCUAAAUGCUAAUGAGAGAGUUCUGUUUUUGAGUUCAAUAAUUAAUUUCAAUUGCUCCAUUAUGAUUCAUGCCCUUGGAUUGCUCUUGAAAUAUCUUGAUAAGAAUUGGAACGUUAUGGAGUUAGAUGCUAUUGGUCAAGCGAAAUUUAUGCAAUUGCAGAAACUGAACUUGAAAGAUAUCGUCACAAUGGAUAAUGAAACAUUUAAAGCAUUACAAAUUGUUAAUCCUCGGCAUCAUCCAAGUUUAUUUAAAUUUGGAAAUACAAGAUCUUGCAGAGAAGGGCUCAGCUUGUAUAGUCUUUUGAACCGUUGUCAAUCUCGCCCUGGUGUUCAAUGCCUCUGGAAAGUAUUAUAUCAUCCCACAUGCAAUGUGAAUGAAAUAACUGAAAGAUUAGAUGUGAUUGAGUUUUGCUUGGAUCCAAGUAAUCAGCACAUCAUUGAAGGAAUCUUACCAUGUUUGUCAAAGAUCUGCCAGAUAACAAAGGUCAUGAAUCGUCUCUCAGCUCCACAGGCAAAAGCUUCCGAAUGGCAAAGAUUGCACAAGACACUCUGCAAUAUAAUCCACAUCGUAGACAUAUGUAUGCCAUACAAGGAUGCAUUGCCAUUAUUUAAAAAAAUAGUCGAUGGUGCUACAGAAGAAAUGUACCGCUUGAGAUAUUUUAUCGAGUAUAUUGUAGAUGUUGACGCAUCCAGACAACAAAAUAAGUUUGUUGCCAAAUCCGGUGUAGAUCCAGAACUAGAUCAAUUAAACCAUGAGAAUCAAAUUCUACCACAAGUAUUGAGUGUGAUGGCUACAAAGGAGCUGCAAAAUUUGCCAAAUUCUGUAAAAGCGUGCAGUAUGGUCUAUUUACCAGAUAUUGGAUAUCUGUUGGCGAUUACAAAAUGGGAAAGUACACCUCCGAUAGAUAAUGAACUUCCUGGUUUGGAAUUCAAAUUUAUAGCCAAUAAUAUUGCCCAUUAUAAGAGUCCAGCUACAAUAGAGCUACAGAAUACCUUUGGUGAUAUCUUAGAGAAAAUUACUAAAAAACAGAGUCAAAUAAUGAUGCAACUGGUACAAUAUAUCACCAAACAUAUGAACCCAAUUUUGGAAAUAAUUAAACACAUUGCCAAGUUAGAUGCGUUGAUAUCCAUGUCCAUGGUUGCACGUGACUUGAACUAUGUGAGACCAACAAUAUCUCGGGAAAAGAUAAUUGAUAUAAAACAAGGUCGACAUCCAUUGUUGGAAGUUAUUAACACGAAUUAUAUCGCAAACAACACAUUUUCCAGUCUAGAAAAAAGCUUGAUCAAAAUGAUAACUGGUCCCAAUGCGAGUGGGAAAAGCGUCUACCUCAAGCAAGUUGCACUCAUCGUGUUCAUGGCGCAUAUUGGUAGUUUUGUACCAGCUGAGUCCGCUACUAUCGGAGUUAUCAGUCAUAUUCUGACACGAAUACAUUAUCUAGACAGUAUGGCUUCAAAUGCAAGCUCAUUUAUGAUCGAUCUUAGACAGAUGAAUAAAGCCAUAUCUGAGGCAUCUUCUGAUUCUUUGGUUGUAAUAGAUGAGUUUGGAAAAGGCACCUCUUAUGUAGAUGCACUUUCGUUGCUCACAGCAUAUUUGACUGAUUUCAUCAAUAGAGGAACCAAAUGCCCACACAUCUUUGUUUCAACACAUCUCCACGAUGUUAUUAAUUGGAUACCACAAACACGUAUAGUUGAGACACAAACUUUCGAAUUCUUCAUCAAUGAAGACAAUGCAGUGGUGUUUCUCUACAAAAUCAUUGAAGGUACCACUGAGAUCAGUUUUGCACACUCAGUUGCAGCUGCUGCCGGUCUGGAUCCGAGAAUUGUGGAACGAAGUAGACAGAUAUAUUUAGCGAGAGAAAGGGAUGAACCCUUCACCAAACUUUCUAAGCUAAAUGUUUGCCACCGAGAAAAACUGGCUAUCAAAAUCUGCAAACAUCUCAUGGAUGAGAACGAGAUCAUCGAUAUGGAUGGACUACAAAUGUGCGUAAAGCAGAUGUGGACCACAGAGUUUAGAAAUCAAUCACCUGCCUAUGAUACAACCACAUAACAUACAAGAAUCUUGCUUCAAAAAAACUAACGAUGAAGUAAAACUUGAGUACCAAUUUAAUGUUACUAUGAAAAUAAUGAUAUUGUUAAGUGUAUAAUCUUAUGUAAGAGUUUAAGUUAUAAAUUAGAAAGAUAUCAACUUUA